AGCUCUCUCUCGUGGUUGGUUAAGAGGGCUGCGGCGGCGCUCAGUGAUUGGGCGAGGGCGGAGGGGCGGGACUUCCGCCGGGAAGAUGGCGGCGCUGCGGAGGGCGCUGCGGGCGCUGCAGGCCGGGGCGCGGGGCCGCUCGGCGGGGCCUCCCGGGGCCGUGGUGGUGCCGCGGGUGCCGCUGGGGGCUGACCCCCACGAGGAGGAGCCAAUGGCGGUGGCGCAGAGGAAGAACCCGGACUAUCAUGGCUUCUCGGCCGAGCCGGACGCCGACGUCUUCAACAUGCGGGCGGUGUUCUUCACCGGCGUCUCUCUUGCCAUCGUCCUUGGCUCCGUCUUCCUCCAUUACAUGCCUGACUAUGGGCUGCAGCAAUGGGCCCGGCGUGAGGCCGAGAUCCAGGUCCGGGAGCGGGAACGUCAGGGGCUGCCGCUGCUGGACUCCAACUACUAUGACCCCGCGCGCCUCACGCUGCCCUCCCAAGAGUGACCCCCCCGAGGGUCACUAUGGGAAUGUGUGGGCCCCCCCCCCCAUAUGGGGCUGUUAAUAAAGUGCUGGGGCUCGACCUGA